GUCCACAGCUCAUCUUGUUCAGGCAUUAAUUUUGCUUCUGAAUCUGGUUUUGACUGCUGGACGUGGCUCCACAACACGCUAGACUCCAGUCAUGCAAUCCUAUUUGACCUCAGGGUUUCUUCUCCUAAGCCUCGUACUCCAGAUUGGGACCCAAUGUGACGCUGCUGCUUUUGCACCAGGUGACGACCUGGUGGAAACUCUCCAAGGUGUAGAGAUGGUUGAUUCUGACCUGAGCACCCGGCAGAACAGGAGGGGGAGCCUGUCUGUGGUCAUUGUCAGAGCCCUUGGUCUGAAUGGAGAUGGACUUAUGAAAACUAAUUCUGUUGCUAGGAUGUGGUACAGCUCAUUUUAUUACCAGACCAAUGAAAUCAAAUCAGACAAUCCAACUUGGAACGCUGUGUAUAAUUUGGGCGUUGUGGAAACCCAUCUUCCACUGAAAGUUGAGGUUUGGGACAAGGACGUGGGAAAAGAUGACCUUCUCAUAUCGUGCAUAAAGUAUCUGACCCAGGGUAUCCACACUUUCACCUGCUCAGGAAAUGGACAAGUGGAGGUGAAUUACUCCCUGAUAUGUGAACCCGGCCUCACUGGAAGCCAAUGCGAAGUAGGCAAAUAAACUGCUUAGUGAAAAGAGCUCAACGAUGACAAGGUUUAAAAGGAUCUGUCAAAACUCAUGAUUCAAACUUGAUUUUUUGAUGUUGAUGAAUGUGCCAGCCUGAUAUCUGUUGAGUGUAUGUUAGCAGGUAUUGUGAAAAAUCUUUGUUCCUGCUUUCAACAAACAAAUCUUGACAAUAGAUGAACUGGCAUUUACUGACAGCAGUUGAGACUAUCCUUUGAGAUUGAACUGUAUUACUGUUAAAAUCCUUUGAAUUAAUAAAUUCUCAUUGCAUUUAA